ACAAAACCCUAAACCCUGUACUGACUGAUAGUCCUACCUUUCAAUAUAUUCUCUUUCAUUCAUUUUAUUCUUUUUUUCACAUAUUUUUGGGGAAAUUCUUGCCUUUAUUGGAGAUUUGACAACAAAGAUGAUACCUAUAAAUUCCUAGGCCAACAGAAUAUAACUAUUUUAUAUUUAGCAAUAGCGUUUGUUUAUCAUUAAAGUGAAAUGUGUUAUCAUAUACAAAGGCUAAGUGACAUCCUUAAGGGUAUAAUGGGCUUCAGAAAUUGGAUACCAACAGAUUUGUACUGUCUGCAAACAUCCCUCCAUUAGAACACAUAAAAAGAAGACGAGAUCAAUAACAACAAGGAGAUAUAACUGCACUUGAUGGAAUUCAUCUGCAACAAUUACAUCUUGUGCUUGUUCCUUUUGAGAUUGAAUGCACAUACACACAAACGUAUCAAAUAAAUGUAGAGUAAGAAGUCAGGAUGCCAUUAGUCAAAGAGUGGAUAAAUAACACAGGUUGAUGCUUUAUAUGCACAGAAUCUUAUGAAACUAUGAUAUUUUAUGGUUUUCACUGAACUCCCACAGACUCCUCUGGGAACUUUUUAUUUUGUGUGUUUCUGCGUGUGUGCCCACAUAUUCUCAAAAUAACCAGGUGCAAAAGUGUGAGUGUCCUGGAAGCAGAGCAGAGGCGAGGUAGGUGAGAUAUCUAGUUUGCUGUUGACAGAUCGGAACACGAGCCGAGUGACAGAGAUGCCAGUUAGGCCCGGCCCUCUGGUCCAUGUUUUUCCAGCACCACUUCUUUCUCUGCAGUCUACUGAGGACAUGAUGCCGGGCUCAUCUUUGCUCUCCGUGCUCUGGUUUCAAGCUUAUUUGUUUGUAGUGAAACAUGCAGAUGGUCUGUUUGGGGAAGUCAGCGCACCUCAGCAGUGUUAUCUUCAUGCCACAGCAAAGGCUCAUGGGAGGGACGGAGGAAAUGUCACACUUGCAGGUGUGAAAGAAGUGGAUCUGUUACAGCUGUUGGACAUGCAGUCAGCCACUCAUUAUAAUGUGUCAACAACGGAAGAUGACCGAGGAUGUCCAGCAUAUCAGAUCGGACAAUAUUCCACACUGUCCCUACCGACAGCUACAGUAUUCGGCCCUCUUUUUCCAGAGGAGCUGAGUGUGCUGAUGCGUCUGCGUCUGGGUCAACGUUGGUCAGAGGAGACGCCGCUGUUGGUUAUUUUAGGGCAGGAAGGGGAGGAGCUUCUUCAGCUGAAGGUGGGGCCAAGACUCUUCACUGUCGUCAGUGCCUGGGAACAACACUAUGAGUUUCCUGCUGCUCCUCUGUGGGAUGGACUGUGGCACAGCCUCUCCCUGUCCGUCUCUCUGUCCAGGCUAGAGUUGUAUCUGGACUGCUGUCUACAGGAGAGCGUCCCCGGGCACCUUGGCCUGGAACCGCAGGUCGACACUUUAGGCCUAACGCUGCUGGGAGGAGCUUCGCGUCCUCACCACACACCCUUUACCGGCACCAUCCAGCAGAUGAUCUUUGUCUUGGGAGAUCCAACAGCAGCAGGGCAGCACUGUCGAGAUCACAGCAGCACCUGCUCAGCUCUGACAGACACACAGACUUUUACCCAGGAGGUUGCUGCUCUAGAUGAGGUGACCAUUCAGCCUGAGAUCAGAGUAUCACCCAUAGCCCCCCAAGACACGACGCUACAGGCCGGUCCCACUGAGGUGACACCAAAACUGGAUCCAGUGAGCAGCACUUCCCCUCUGAAGUCACAUCCUGGUCCAACGGUUGUGCACACCAAAGCUGUAGUGAAAACCCAGGCUGGCACAGACACUCAGACUGUAAACUCAACCAACAGAGAAAAGGAUACACCAAAAGAUGUGAGUAAGGAGGUAAAUCCAGGUGGAAAUACUGAACCGCAGCCUCCCUCUCUGACUGGAAGUGAGCAGUUUUCUAAUGCUCACCCUGACAUAUUCGAGACAACGGCGGAACCGUGGAGCACAGAAGGAAGUAUCAUAACCAGGACUCCUUCAGGCCACACUCUUAAAACUGCUCAGUACCCGAGACAAGUUCAUCAAGUGAUCGUUGAAGCAAAGAAAGAUUCCAGAACAAGUAACGAGGAAAGUGCUGAAACAACCAUUUCAAGCCUCAACGUUCAACCCGAGAACCCCACAGCAACAGGUGUCUCAUCAGAAGAUGCAGACACUGCAAGUACAGAGAUUGCUUUCUCUAAUGGGCCACAGUUUGCUACUAGAUCUACUCUUAUCUCAGGCCCCAUCACAGAAUCAGGGUUUGUCACUUCCAGCGUGUACCCUUCAUCUGAAGGAGGAGUAAGGGAGGGGAGACAGGAGGCAUCGCCACUAGUCACCAUACCUCCAGUUUCAGAAGAUCCACCAGCUAAACUCUUAAGACAUACAGAAGAAAAUGUAACUGAGGACUUUGCUGCUCCUCAGAAAGAUCCAGACUCAAACCUGACUGUUUUAACUUCCCCAGUCCAAAGCACAGAAGCACUAAGCACCAGGAACACGGAGGUUGACACGGGUAAUGUUUCAGCCGGUCAGAUGAAAGAAAAAGAGGAAAUGGAUGUUUCACCCAGAACAGAGACAUCACCACAGCAACUUCCAGGUGGAGAGCAGGCGAGCGGGACAGAGACAGACGAAAUAGAUUUCGAGGAGGAGGAAGUGCAAAGGCAUGCAGGGAAGGAAAAAGAAAGUUUUGAUAAUGGUUCUGCCAUUUCUGAGGAUUAUAAUCAGUCCACUCCUGAUCGGAUCUCCCAGUUCGGUGCUGAAGGCUCCUUCAUCAAAUCACAGACUGAAUCCCCACAGCAGACAGUUAAAGCAGCCAAUCAGCCGCCUACAAACACAGUCAGACGCCAGGGGGCAGGAUUAAGACCUGGGAUCAGGAGUCAAAGGGGGUUGCAGGGUCCACCUGGGCUAUCAGGACCACCAGGGCCUAAAGGAGACAAAGGUUAUCAAGGCGUUAUGGGCAGGACCGGGCAGACAGGAUAUAGAGGCCCCCUCGGUCCUCCUGGGAUAGCUGCCAUUGUUGUAUUUAAAACCUCUGAGGAAGAGUGGGAGGCUUUCAAGAAAAAGAAGAUCUAUAAAAAGCUGAUUUCUUCGUGGCCGAAACGUAAGGGGCCUCCGGGGCCUCCUGGACCUCUUGGAGAUGAUGGACCAAUUGGACCACCUGGAAUUACCGGGAAACAAGGACGAAAAGGAGUUCAAGGGAAAAUCGGCAAUCGUGGACCACAAGGUAUGCCGGGCCCUCAGGGCCAACCUGGGGAAGAUGGCACCCCAGUACAGGACGCCGAUCCGGGCCCUCCAGGCUUCCCUGGAGAACAGGGUCCCCAAGGCUACAGAGGAGAGAAGGGCAGCAAAGGGGAGCUGGGUGAGUGGGGUUAUCAUGGCGAGCCUGGACCACAGGGACACAGAGGACAAAAAGGGGACAAGGUUAGAUUCCACCACAGAAACACACACACACACACACACACACACACACACACACACACAGUGCUGGUGUAUGUAAUUCUGAUUUUGCUGUCUGUUGUUACCAGGGAAAUAAAGGUGUCAGAGGCGUCGCUGGUGUCCCUGGCUACAUAGUAAGUACGGAUUACUUUACUUUUUAAUGACAGCCCCUUUUUUUGCCGCAUCAUUAUAGUCAAUUUAAAAAAUACACAAGAGUUUUUUGGCUGUGCUGAAAACAAUUACUUUUUGUUGUGACUUUCUACAUUGUGACAUUCUAACUGUCCUUUGUUUACAGGGACUGCCUGGAGCUAGGGGUCCUCCUGGUUUUCUAGGAUUAUCAGGACCUCUGGUCAGUGUCAUACAGCUCACUGGGUGACAAUUAUCUAUAUCUGUAUAAAUAACAAUAACUAUAUUGAUCAUCAGACUCCAAGCCCUGUUUUCUUUAAAAUUGUGAUACCACUGCUG